AUGCAACUAACGCCUCUUUCCUUUGACAUUCUCCGCCUCAUAUACCCACUUCCAGAAAAGAGCCCCACCAGAGAUCGUCCCCUGCAGGUCCUGGCUCUGGGCAUUUCCCGCUCAGGCACCGAGUCUCUCCGCCAAGCACUCAUCGAACUUGGCUACGACGACUGCCACCAUGGCUUCCGGUACAUCACAGAUCCGACAGAGAUCCUACCGUGGGUUCGACUCGUCUUAACGCAGCGGCAAGGCAAGCAAUCGAAGCUUACGGCGGAGGAGUUCGACAAAGUUCUUGGAGAUUGUCGAGCGGUCACGGACACGCCGUCUUGUGGUUUUGCGAAUGAAUUGCUCGAUGCGUAUCCUGAUGCAAAGGUCAUUCUGAAUUAUCGCGAGGACCUAGACGCCUGGUAUCGAAGUGCGGAUGCGACUGUCGAGAAGCAUAAUGACUUCCUCACGUGGUGGGACUGGCUGUUGACCUUUUUCGAUUCGCGACUGUUCUGGAACCAUCAAGUGACAUUCUUCCUCUUUUGGCGACGACUGUUCGAAUACGACUUCAAGUCGAACGGAAAGUCAUGCUACCUGGAGCAUUACGCAGGCUUGGAGAGGAGACUCAACAAGGAGGGCCGAAGAUAUCUCAAGUGGAAGGUUGAGGACGACUGGGACCCGUUGUGCUACUUUCUCGAUAAGCCUGUGCCAAAUAUUCCUUUCCCAAAUGGUAACACACCGAGCGAUUUCGAAGCAAGAAUGGCCAGGGCAUAUGCAGAGUCCAGGGCAAACGCCAACCGAAACUUGUCGAUAUUCGUUGCAGUCCUGGUCGGCACGGGUGUGUUGUUGAGAGCCGUUCCGUGGUAG